ACAAAGCCCCAGUUGCUUCUGGGCUGCUCUUAUCAUGGCACUGGGGGAGAGCAGGACAGCUCCACGGGAGGAUGUACCCGCAGUUCUGGGAUUGCUGGGAGCUCAUUUCAUUGUAGAGAGUGCAAAUGUUUGCUGUUCAAAAGUGGCUGCUUCUGGGAUGAUGCAGGCUCCUCCUACCAAGGGCCUUACUUGGACAUCUUGUAAGGAACAGUCAGAGAAUAAAGAUCCUUAUCUCCUGUUCCUUCUUAUCUCUUGGAGGCUCUUACUCUUUGUUCUUUAGGAAGGGAACAAGGCAGCGAAGCACCUGAGUCUGAUAUCAUGUCUCUUCCUUUACAGGGGAAAAUGGCAGCCACUGGCCCGUCGUUAAUCCCAGCCCCGCUCACAGGGAUUCCCUUCCUAAAGGCCUCACAUUUUCAGAUAGGGUUUGACCAUAGACCACAGGGAAACGUUGUUGAAUCUCCUUUCCGCACUGAUUUCCCUCCCUUAUGGGGCAGUUACAAACCAGACCCAAUUCUGCUUCCAAACUCCAAGGGUGUUUUGAAUCAGGAUAUGGAUAAAGCCAGGGAAACCUGGUCAGAAACCCACCUGGCAUUUCCAGUGAGAUCCCUGGAACCAAAGCCCAAAGUCUGUCCCCCAGAAUCUCACCUCCAAAUGCAUGCAGAUUCCCAGACCAAAAUUUUCACCUCGACUGCAAGGGAGAGCUACCCUUGGCCAGACGUGACUCUGCAGGGACCAGCCUCCACCAGAGCUGAUUACAAUAAGGAGGAAGAUCAUUUUCCUUGUGGAGACAAAGACAAACUGAAGCUGCUGCCUUCUGUCUAUCGUUUUUCAUACCCAGCGUAUGAGAUAUUUGAGCCCAUUGCCAAAGCGCCAUGUGUGCAUCUGGGAGGAAUUCCCACAAUUAAAGGUGACAGAUGCUCCUACUAUGGCACUUCUUAUCAAGCACAGUUUGAGGGUGGCUGGAUCCCUCCUGUGAAGUCCUGUGGAAAGAGCAAGUCUUCCAUUGUGUUUGGAGACCCCAGGAGCAGUGUCAGUACCAGCGAGGAGAAACAUGCCUACGCUCUCCAGGACACAAGGAACCACAGAGUCUAUGACAAAGAAUGUGCUGCCUUCCAAAUACACAAGACGAACAUCAAGCCAGGGGAUGGGCGCACCAGAUUCUUUACUGUGACACUGGAGUCGUUCCCACGGCGGGAGCUAGCCCCCGUGAAAGUUACGUGUCUAAGCAAACAGACUUCAUCGAUCCCUAAAGGCGACGAAGACCUUGAGAGGAGUCGGGAGCGUGUGACCACCACCACUAACCGAUUCUUCCACACCCAGGUCUGUGCCCUGCCUUUCACCUUUCAGCAGCAGCUAUCACGGAACAGCGCUGUGUUCUAAAGAUCACUGAAUGUGCCACAGGACCAGAGCUGCUUCCUGCUGCAGGCUGGGGUCUCUAAAGGACACUCUGUCCUUGCUCACUCGUAACAUUCACGCAUGGCCAGUCUCCUGUCCUAGUCUUUGGGCACAUACCCUAGGAGGCCUGGCUCCUGUUCCGACUGCCACAGUGCACCCUUCGCCAGGGCUCGUGGAGAGCCUCCAGCGAGGCCAACUACAGAGAGCUCAUUCUCCAAAGGCCAGCUGGCGAGAA